ACUGAAUUUACUCCAUUACUCUGAGACAUUUGGUGUGAUUUAGACCAAGGUUUCUGUCUGCUGAAGUUGACCCUGAGGUUUGAAGAGGAGAGAUAUGGAAGAAGUUCGUUCCGUUGUUACCACAGACUCUCAAGGCUCGAAAACUUUAAGCUCCAGAGGUCUGGAGGGGCAAAAUGGUCGGUCUCUUGACACUGAGAGCCAGGAUUCCGUGAAGAGCUACUCUUUCUUCAGAAGGAGCCGUCCAGGGGAUCUCAGAGAUGAGGAGGAGGAGUCUGAAGGCACCUUGGGAGAGCAGGACCUGAAGGGGACCUACAAGCAGCUUGUCCAAGGGGUUCAGGAGUGGCAGGAUGGCUGUGUUUACAAAGGGGAGUUUGGACUCAACAUGAAGCUUGGAUUCGGCGAGUUCUCUUGGCCCACAGGCGAGGCCUACCAUGGGCAGUUUUACCGGGACCAUUUCCAUGGCAUGGGCACCUACACAUGGCCGGAUGGAUCCAGCUUCACGGGCACGUUUUAUCUCAGCCAACGAGAAGGCUACGGGACCAUGCACACAAAAACAAUAUUAUUCCAGGGACUGUACAAAGAGGACCAGAGGUUCGGGCCGGGCAUCGAGACCUACCCUGACGGCAGUCAGGAUGUUGGACUGUGGUUCCGUGAGUACCUGCUCAAGCUGUGCACAAGGGUUCCCAGCAGUUUCUCCUUGGUAAACUACCCAGAAUUUUUGGCCUUCCUCACAAGAUCGAGAAGGAGACUCGACCUCUCAGAUGAGGAGAAGGUGGAGUUGGGUCUUUCUGAGGAGCAGGACCCCUUCCUCUAUGACUAUAAACAGUAUCUCCUGAAUGAUGACCUAAAGCUGCCUCCAGAGAUGCACGUCUAUUCGACCGACAACAGUCACCUGCCUAUGACCGACUCCCUGCGCCAAGAGCUAGAUGACCACAUCUUCAUGAAUGAGAUCCCUCCAUUCAUUGAGGACGAAGAACCCUGGCUCAUAACAAAUGAGACUCCUUUGCUGGUCAAAAUUCAGAAGCAAACCUACAAGUUCAGGAACAAGGAUGCUCAUACCAGCUGGAACAUACCUGCCAUCCUGGAGGGGAACCGCAGCAGGUUUGGGCCCAGCGGGCCCAAGGAGCAGAUUUCCAAGAAGAUGAUCAUGAAGGCUGAGGAAGGAGACUAUAACUGGAUUUUUGGAAUCUUGAGGGACAACCUUGCCUGUGCUGACGUGGCUGACUCCAAGGGUUACACUGUGCUGGCCGCUGCAGCAAUACAUUCUCACCUGGACAUUGUGAACCUUCUCCUGGAUUAUGGAGCUGAUGUGAACAAGCGCUCGGACGAGGGCAUCACGCCCCUCAGUAUGUGCUUCCUCCAGUAUUAUCCCAGCAAAUCCUUCCACCCCAACAUUGCUGAGAGGACCCUGCCUCAGGAAUCUCCUAAAUCCUUGGUCGUCCCCCAAAUUUCAUUCUUGUUUACGGAUGCAAGCAUAGAUUAUCUCUAUGAUGUGGGCAUGCCCAUAGCGAGUGGAGAGGAAUUGAAGACAAGCAGCCUGGAUGACUCCCUGGCCUCCUUGCAAACCCCAGAGUCCAACAAUGUGUUUCACAAGCAAGAGGUCUCCCCAGUGAAGACUGUCAGCACCGACAUAGAGAAAGAGCUGGAGGAAGCAGCAGAAAACGUGGACACCAGCACCUUGUACAGCGUCGACACAAAUUUCGAGUCUACCAAGUGCCUGCGGAACUACACUAUUAAUGUCUCAAGGGACAUCAUGGAGAAGAGUGCCCAGGCCUACAGUUCAUUGCCGCAACAUCCCUGCUCCCCAUACAAAGGGACCGUGAGGAAAAUGGCACAGUCCAUGGUCGAACGCAGAAACCGUUGGAUGACCAUCACGUUGCUGCUCCGUCGAGGUGCUGAUCCUAACCUAUGUCAGGUGCCCAUGCAGGCUCUGUUUCUUGCCGUGAAGGCCGGGGAUGUGGAAGGGGUCAGGCUGCUACUGAUGAGUGGGGCCCAGACGGAUAUUCGGUUUCCUCCGCAGAUGCACUCCCUGACCCCGCUCCACAUCGCAGCCUCCCUUCCCGGGGAGGAGGGCGUGAAGAUCACGGAGCUGCUGCUCCACAUGAUCACUAACGUGGAUGCCAAGGCAGCGGAUGGAGACUACGCGUACAAAGGUGGCAAGGCUGAUCUCCUGCCCUCAAGCUUGAAGCUCAACAAUGAGCCGGGCCCACCCAAGAGCUACUAUUCCAGGAACACAUUCAUCCCAGAGGAGGGCGGGCGCACAGCACUGCACGUGGCCUGUGAGAGAGAGGACAACAAGAAGUGUGCCAGGGACAUCGUGCGGCUCCUUCUGUCCCACAGAGCGAAUCCAAACGUGCUGUGGAGUGGCCACUCCCCGCUCUCGCUGGCUAUUGCCAGUGGGAAUGACCUGGUUGUGAAGGAGCUCUUGUCCCAGGGAGCUGACCCCAACUUGCCUCUGACCAAAGGCUUGGGCACUGCCCUGUGUGUUGUGUGUGACCUGGUCUAUGAGCAACAGAGGAGCGUCGACAACAAGAUUGCCCUGAUUGACCGGCUCAUUAGCUACGGGGCAGAUGUCCUGAACCCUGUGACUCUUGUGCAAGGCGAUAGGAUGGCUGUGGGCACGGCAGUCGACUACGGCUACUUCAAGUUCUACCAGGACCGGAAGAUCGCCCACUGUCCCUUUCACGCUCUGAUGCCAGCAGAGCGGGAGGUAUUCAUGGCCCGGAAAAGGCUGCUGGAGUACUUAGGCUUGCAAUUGCGCCUUGCCGUCCUCAGCAAGGAAAGCCAGCUGGACACGAAGGCCCUGUACCUGAGCAAGAGAGCAGAGCUGGCUCCCUGCCACAGGCUGAAGAAGAAAGGUUCCAGCUCGGUUAGGACCCAACAUGUGGAGAAGCAGUCAAUUCCCUUUUACAAGUUUUGCUACCAGUGUGGCCGCUCCAUCGGGGUCCGCCUUUCACCCUGCCCCCGCUGCUAUGGGAUCCUGACCUGUAGCAAGUACUGCAAGACCAAGGCCUGGGCUGAGUUCCACAAGAAGGACUGCAACGACAUCAUGGCCAUGAUUCCCAACUUGGAAGUUUCGGCUUGGAGGGUGGCAGAAUCUCCAUGAGGGAGCAAUGCUUUGUGCUGAGACUGAAGCCCAGGGUCGCACCCUGCAGUGGCCGACACAAGAAGUGUCUGCAUGACGACAGCUGUAUCUCACAGCAGUCUCUUCCUCCUGACCUGGCAAUAAAGUGACCUAUAGUG